AUGCUGGCAGAAGAAAGUGCAAGGCCGAGAGCAGCGGGAACAGCAUUGAGAAGAAGAUCGCCAGUGUCGAAAAAGCGUGAAGGACCCAUCUUAUCUCCCUCUAUCAACGAUAUUGUUACCCCAUCUAGACGAAAUGAGGAAUUUGCAACUGUUUACUUUGUAGGCAGCGAUUCUGGUUGCGGAUCGACAAAUUCUUCAAGUACCCGGGAAUCGACGAGUACAAGUACAAGUAAACCUCAGCAAAUUACCGUUACCAAAGCCAUACAGAAAACAACGGAGGAUGUGAGAAGAGGCAGUAGAACACCAAGUGGAGCGCAUUCUGAAGGCCGCCAAACUCCAUCAUUUUGGCCCUGCAAUCAGCCAGUUGAACGACGGAUGCAACCUGGGUUAAGUGUUCGGGAUUUUUGGGAGGCUAACAUUGCCUGGGAAGAAAAAGAAAGGGGAGAAAGUCAACGUUCUAAACACAUGAAACCAUAUAGCUUCCCAAAAUGGAGGUCCACCGAUGCUCUGUCUGCUUCGUUGGUUGCCUCAAAUAGCGUUGGAGUACCCAAGGAUAGUGUGAUCCCCGAAAAGAGAUUGCAAAAAAUGCGGGAAACCAACCAAGAGGCUGCAGUUCAAAAGGCAUUGAUCCACGAGCGAGCUGAACCUGCCAGACCAAUGCGCAAAGGAACAAGCUUAGACUCGCUUGUCAUCCAAGUCGACUAUACGCCAUGGUAUGAUCGAGAGAAAAUUCGCAGUUCUGUUAGUCGCGAGUCCAUUGCGAACAUUGCCGAAGCUAGGGAACGAUUCGAGCCCAACCGCAAUUUGACUGCAACCAGAUCUCGCCAAUAUUCUGGCCAUUCUACCCGCACUACAACGUCCGAGUAUUCUUCUAAUAAUGGUCUUUCACAUGCUAAUGAUCGUAAUCAACAUUAUCAGACUUCCACAAAUACCAACUAUAUCACUGAAAAUGGAUAUUCUGCUCAUCGUCGGCCUAGUGUGUCUAUCAGUACCCAAAAGUACAACGGAUCACAGGGACAAGCAUAUUCUGUUGAAGAGCAACUAUUCAUGCUUUAUAUGAAGCAAAACCCGGACAUUGUUUCAGGGUUAGGUAUCAAAUUUCCUCAGUCCACUGGACGAGCAAUGGAAGAAUUGCAAAGCAAGCGAGUAGAGCUUCGGUUUGUCGAUGGAACCUCACCGGUGCACUCUGAGUCACCGAGAGGACGAUUUCUCAAAAAAAGUCAAAUGGCCCCAGCAUCACGCAGAAACGAUGCAUCAGUAAAAGAACACGAUGAAGGCGGCGAGCACCAUUCUGACCGUUUGUCACCUGAGAAGAGAAUAGGCAGCUUGAUCAAGAAUGAAAUGCUACAGCUGAAGGAACGGGAGGAAGAAUUGCAAAAAUCAAGAAAAGCAUUGGGAUUACCGUCGUUAGAGGAGACUAUGGAGCUAUGGAAGCAAGGCAAUACAGACACGCUUUUGUAUCGCAUGCCUGCUGGUUACACUCGUACAAAUGAACUGCCACAACUGCAAAGGACAUUUCAGUCGAGCGAGCUUAGCUCUACAAAUGGAUCUUGGGAUUAGUAACAAUUUUAACGACAUUCGGCCAUGACAUUAUCUUAAUGUUUCGAUUUAGUCAAACUGUAACUGAG